UUCCUCAUUACCACGGGUGAGAACCUGGACUACCUGGAUGGCGUCCAUACUGUAUUUGGGGAAGUGACAGAAGGCAUGGACGUCUUGGCCAAAAUCAAUGAGACCUUUGUGGACAAGGACUUUGUCCCAUUUCAGGAUAUCAGGAUAAAUCACACAGUUAUCCUGGAUGACCCCUUUGAUGACCCUCCUGACUUGCCAGUACCUGAUCGAUCACCUGAGCCCACCAAAGAGCAGCUGGAUAGUGGCCGAAUCGGGGCAGAUGAGGUGAUCGAUGAUACGGAUGGGAAAGGAGCCGAGGAGUUGGAGGAGAGGCUGAAGGAGAAAGAAGCCAAAACUCAGGCCAUCCUGCUGGAAAUGGUGGGUGACCUCCCUGACGCAGAUGUAAGGCCACCAGAGAACGUACUGUUUGUGUGCAAACUGAACCCAGUGACCACAGACGAUGACCUGGAAAUCAUCUUUUCUCGCUUUGGUACCAUAAAGAGCUGUGAGAUCAUCAGAGACUGGAAGACUGGAGAUUCCCUCUGUUACGCCUUUAUUGAGUUUGAAAAGCAAGAAGAUUGUGAAAAGGCCUACUUCAAAAUGGAUAAUGUGCUUAUUGAUGAUCGACGCAUUCAUGUAGACUUCAGCCAGUCAGUCGCUAAGAUCAAAUGGAAAGGGAAAGGUGGGAAGUAUACUAAAGAUGACUUCAAAGCCUACGAGAAGGAUGUGGAGAACCGAUCCAAGCUGGCUCUCAAGGAUCAAGUGAAGCCUAAACAAGAUUCCAAGUAUGACCUGCUAAUUGAGGAGGAAGAGGAGGCGACAAGCCAUCGGCACUCUGAGAAGAAACACAAGGAGAAGAGGCACCAUCAUCACUCAGAUGACGAGGACAGCAGGAAGUCCAAAAAGCACAAGGACAUCGAAGACAGCCGGCGAGACAGGAAGAUGGGACGCCAGCGCUCUCGAUCCCGCUCCAGCUCCCGUUCCAGAGAGAGGGACCACAAACACAGCAAGUCUCGAGUCAAACACGGAAAAGAGGGCCGUGAUAAAGGCCAUAGCCACAAGGACAGGAGCCCGAGCCGCUCCUCCAAGAAGUCCAAGGAUAAAGACAGGAGUAGAUACAGAUGAGCGAAAGCAGGGAAUGAACGAUGGUUUACCACCAAUUCAUUAAAUAUCUUUCUGUGGCAGGAGAGUGGAGCAACAGAGAGGGCAUGAACGUUAUUCAGCAUGAAUUAUACGACAUCUAAAUAUUCACAAGCCAAAAGUACUGACCUCCUUUAAAAUCACUUGACUUGGACUUUUAGAAGAAAAAAAACAGAUGAUUAUUAAGUCCUUGUCACAUUGUCUGAAAGAAUAAAAAAUGUUUGAGAAAUGCUUUUUUUACAGGUAUAUUAAAAAAAAGUUUCAAAUGCCA